UGAUAGCAUUCUAUUACGAAAAGUGCAAAACUUGUAUUUAACCCCAAAACGGUCGACAGAACAUGCGACCGCAUUUCUCGAAAUAGUAUGUUGCGUUUCCAUCGUUCGAAAUUAUAAAAUGUUGCAUUCAACGGGAACACUUUCUCCGCAAGAUAUUUUAGCGGAGGUCAGAAAAUUUAUUUCCGGAGCAGUCAGACCAACCCACAGCACCAGUACCCUCGACGUCACUCGAACAGCAUUGUCUUUGCUUCGAAAUGUACCCGCGGCAAGGGACGCGGUACUCGAGUACUUUUGCAACGUAUUUUACGUUGCAGUCACGAAGCAUGUUCGUCAAAUCGAAACGAACCAAAAUUUGGCGAUAUGCGAGGAAAGUAUCAUAGCAGAGAUCCACACUGUGCUGAGCGGUUUCAUCAAUGGAAACCCGGAGGCUUGGGCACCAAUCAUUUCAGCCUGGUCUUUGGAAUUGCUAGGUAAACUAUCCUCUGAUUAUGCAAAACGUGGCAGCUUACCUAUCAAUGCUGGAAUUAAUGAUUUCCUUCAGCAAUGGAUGUCCUGCCGUGCCACUCGUACGCUCAUAGACAUUACGGCUCAAUGUCUCCAGUGUCUCAUGCAUUCCGACACGGAAUCCUGUAUCAAGGCGUUACUGGACACCAGUGUCCUGCACAGUCCCCACUUCGAUUGGGUGGUUGCUCAUGUCGGAAGCUGUUUCCCGAACACUGUCAUCACCAGAGUACUGUCCUGCGGACUGAAGGACUUCUGUUCGGUGGGCUACGAGCACAGCGUCAAGAAUCCAAAAUUGAAUUCAGUUGUGGGAAUUCUGGGUCAUUUGGCCGGUAGUCAUUUCCAAGACAUUCGUGCCGCAUUGUUGGACCUGUUCAGGUGGAGUCUGAACGAGGACACGAACGUCGACGAGGACACGAAAAAACAUAAGCUGGCCACCGUUCCGUUUCUUCUGAAUCUGGCCUCGCUGUCACAGACCCUUCUGAAAGCGAUCACCAGCGACGUGUUGCAAACCUUGAAACCCAACGUAAUACCACGGCUGGCGUUAUUCGCGACGGACUGGUGCAAGUACUUCGACAACCAGCCGGAAGCUCUGAUAGACUUGACGGUACAUUUGGUCUUGGGAUGCGAGCAGGGCGCCUCGCAGAUGAUCACUCUGUUGCUAGACACUGCGUUGAACACAAGCAACGUCGGCUACCAUAGCGUGAACGCUACGCAAAGUGUGAAGAGCGUUUGCAGCGAGAUCCUAGAGUUAGUAUUACAAGAGAUCGACCUUUUAUUGCGAACACACGGGCCACAGUCCGCGAAUAUCGCUCUGCUGAGCUCGAUCAAGCAGGAAUUACCAGUGAUACUGCCGUUACUUUUGAAUCAAAGCCCGUUACGGGUCCAAACGGCCGUCAGACUCUUGUGCUUCCUCGGCAGCCAGAGCCCCAAUAUACUGAUAUCAGCAGCCUCGUACAUGCUGACCAAGUCUGUAACAGCGUUUCACCUGGCAGCCUUGAUACGUCUCGUUUGCAACAACGUUGUUCUCUUUCCUACGAACAAGUCCGAAACAGAAACCAUAUUGGCCAGUUACGGCUACUUCACUCAGGUUAUCGAGCAAGCGCUCCGAGAGAUAAAUUACAAGAACGUGCUGGAGAAACAGGACAGGAGGCAGCUUUUCCAGAAUCUUACCAUAAUGUUGAAGUGGGAAAGAUCGAACAAGGCGACCAUCUUCCGGUCGAAGAUGAUCACGCAAGCGAUAAAGUCGAAUUUACAUCAGAUCUCGUCGUUGUUGACGAAGACGUACGACUUUGAUCUGGCCGACGACAUCGCGAAAAUGCUGGAUCUAUUCAGCGCCCCGGAACAGGACAAUUUUCUGCCGAACGUCGAGCUCACUCUGAAAAUCACCAGAGCUGUGAUACAGUAUUUCUUUCUGUGCAUAUCCGAAGAAGACAUAAAGAAGAAACAGCAGGGUAUUAAAAUCGUCUGUCAUCUGCUGAAGAACCUGACCUGCUACUCCCCUUGCGCUCGAGUCCUGGCGUUAAGGGAGAUCUUGGGGCACAGCAUCAGCAACGAUCCUGCCAAGUAUUUCGGGGCCAAAGAGAAGUUCGAACCGAAGUUCGAGGAAAUGUUACUUUUGCAUCAGAACCACAAACAGGUGACCAGUUCGAUGUUGGCACAGAAACAUUCUUCCGUGUUUCAUGCUGGAGUGAUUGGACACGGUCCGCGGAAGCCACCGCCUGAAAACACAGUCGACAAAGAAAUUAUUGCUCUGAACAAAACGUUACUGAUGGACGUGAUAAAGGCUUGCUGCAGCAAUAAAGAAACGGACCGAUAUCCUGUGAACCUGGAUGCCUUAACUAUGGUCAGUUUACUUUUGGUCGAGCUAGUAUCACCUGACGUCAUGUACAAUGGACUGCCGUGGCCUGACGAAGAAUUUACAAAGGUGACCAUAGAAAGGGAUUUACAAAUCCGUAGGACGUUCAAGGAUGUGCCAUUAUUAUGGACACUGUUGGAACUGACCGCCUGGUACAGACCAGCUUUGGCUUAUUGUUCGGUUUUAUUGCGGGGCAUCGCUGCGACCGUGAUCGCCAACUGGAACACGGAGGAAGGCGUGUCCCUGGUCAAUGUCAUGGCGCUUGGUCAAUUACUACCGCCGCCAUUGGCGAGUAUAAGGGACGUUCUACCGGUUUUAGAACCGCAUCAGGUAAAUACAAUCAUGAAGGAGUGUGUGUGGGCAUACAUGCGUGAAAAUGUCCCGUCGCCAGCCCUGUUCACGCGCAGCGAAGGGGUUAACAUUGCUUGGAGAGACACGGACACGUCGAUGCCGAACGUACGGUUCACGGAAAUACUUCGUUUAGUUUUGUUGGCCAAUAUUUACACAUUAGGCCCGUUAUACGCUACCCUGUUCUACAACGACAAUAAAUAAGAUCAACAAUCGGAUGGGGGAAUCGUUUUGUACAUAUAUAUUAUUGUGAAUACGUUUUUUCUUUUCGCCGAGGGCUGACACACUUUGUAUCAUACAAUAAAAAAAUGUUUAAAAGAAGAUUCUAGAUUUUUUUCUAACCCAUCGGUAAUAGUUCGUCGAUCGAGUCGAGGUGGGAUCCUCAAUGUUUAUUGGACACAUGUUAUCUUUAAUAACAAUACUGGUUACAAAAUCAACGGGACCAACAUUUGUAUAGUAUAAAAAAAAAGGAAAAUAAUGAAAAUUUUUCAUGUACAACUAAGUAAUACGCAGUUCAUGAUAUACGUAUAAAUUAUAAUUGCGGGGCUAACUUAUAAUUAUAGACGUUUCUAUUCGUUGUAACUUUGCUGCCUUUCGAACUAGAGCAAAGGAACCAGGAGAGUAGAGAAGACAGAAACGAUAAGUUUUACUUUUUAUAAAAGCACAUCCUCCUAAAUACAUACAAGAAAAACAAACAAUUAAUUUAAUAUUUAUGUCCUAACCAAUAUAGGAAUGAUGGUAUCUACGAUGAGCGAACACUUUUCGUAUAAGUUGCACGAACACCCUAGGUGGGCGCCUCGUCCUCGUGAAUAAUGAUUACACACAUUAUGCGAUGGUUCGAUUCGUACAUAAACGUCCUUUAACCACUUGAAUCGCGCCCUUUGAAAUGGAGAGAGAGAGAGAGAGAGAGAGAGAGAGAGAGAGAGAGAGUGAGAAAGAGAGUCUUUCGUCUGACUUCGUUUCAUCGCUCGGAGCACAAGAACGCUAGUAAAAAUCCUGAAAAUAUUUAAUUACUUUCUUCCUAUGUACAUUGCUCGUUGGCGAUUAUAACAACCUUGUAUGAAAAUCCGGACAAAGUGUCUGGUAUUUACAUUCGAGCAUUUUCAUAUAUAUAUAUAGGUAUAUAUAUAUAUAUAAA